AAAGGGAAAACAACAAGGGAUAAAAAACAAGAGUGUGUCUUUAAAGCCCACGGAGUUGUUCCCGCUUCUCACGCUCGCUCAUCCUCUCCUCCCUCCAUUUCUAUGGUUUUCAAGUUCUCGAAUUUCGAUCCUUUUUGUUCCCCCAUUUUCAGUUUUAUUUGGUGCAACUCCCCCAAGAACCAAGAAAAGUCCACCGUUUCUCCCCAUUUUCAAACCCCUUCUCUCCCGUUUCCUCCUCCUCCUCCUCCUUUGAAUCUUCUUCACCUUCCCCUGUUUUUCUUCACGACCCUCUUCAAUCUGAAGCGUCGAUCUUCUUCUCUCGGAUCGGAAAAUGAAAUUCUGAAAACUUGGUUUGAAUUAGUUACUAUUCAGUUAGUUUGAUCGUGCUGGGUCAUGGACAAGGAACAUUCUAGUCAAGAUGCUAACUCUCCACAAGCUGAGAAGGUAAGGGAAAAUGCAACUGGUGCUCCCAGUAAUAAUGAUCAAGAUAAAAGAUUAGAGGACGAAGCAGUCAUGCACAAGGAAGACACUAAUAGGGAAGAAAAUAGCUCCUCAGAAACUGAGAAGGUAGAGCAAGGUGGAGUUGAUAACGUUGACAAGACGGUUCAAGAUGAACCAUCAGAAAACAUAGAAUCUCCGAAUGAUGUCAAGGCCAGUGCAAAGCAAGAUGACCAAGAUGAACCGUCAAAAAACCUAGAAGCUCUGAGUGAUGUCAAGACCUGUGCCAAGCCAGAAAAUGACAGCGGAAAAGACUUGUCUGAAGAAGUCAUGCACAAAGAAGACACUAAUAGGGAAGAAAAUAGCUCCUCAGAAACCGAGAAGGUAGAAGAAGGUGGAGUUGAUAAUGUUGACAAGACGGUUCAAGAUGAACCAUCUGAAAGCAUAGAAGCUCCGAAUGAUGUCAAGGCCAGUGCAAAGCAAGAUGAUCAAGAUGAACCAUCAAAAAACGUAGAAGCUCUGAAUGAUGUCAAGACCAGUGCCAAGCCAGAAAAUGACAGUGGAAAAGACUUGUCUGACAAGUUGAAUGGGCAAAUAGAUGCAGAAUCUAAAGCUCAAGCGGAAAAAUCAGAUAAUACCCAUAAACAAUAUGAUGCUGGUGAUGAAAAAAGUGACGAUGGGAACUUGGAGCACAGGGCUAAGGAAGAAGUAAGCCAAUCUAUGAAGGAAACUGACAAUAUCAGCGAGGAAAAGGAAGCUGAGCCCGUUUUUGAUGGAACGGAAGUUCCAGGAAUGGAAAGUAUUAGGUCUACAUCUCUCCGCUCUUUGGAUCUUGAUCCAGAAACUCAGGGAAGCAAUUGGCCUGAGAAGGCAGCUGCCAUUAAGAACUUUGUCAUGGACAAGAGUGCAGAUGCAGUCUCCACCGUCUUGCGUCGCCUUUCUGGAAAAAAAGGUGAUGAUGAGGAAGUCGCUACUCAGGAAAAUAAAGAGGAUGGAGAGUCCUGCCAAGAAGUUAAAGCUGAAGAAGCUUCUCAAAAAGCAUCAGAAAAAUCCACAUGGAACCCUCUUAGCUAUUUCAAGUUUACUAGAGAUGCUGAUGAAGAAAACAAAGCUGAGCAGCAGGAGGUUGUAAAUGACUUGCUGCAACCUAUCGUAGCAAAAGGAAGAAUCAUUCUUUAUACAAGACUAGGUUGCCAGGAAUGCAAAGAGGCUAGGCUGUUCUUGUACAGAAAGCGGCUUAGGUAUGUUGAAAUUAAUGUCGACGUUUAUCCAAGUAGAAAGCUGGAGCUGGAAAAGAUUAGUGGUUCUUCAGCUGUUCCAAAGGUCUUAUUCAAUGAGAUACUUAUUGGAGGUUUGAGUGAGAUGAAAAACUUGGAUGAGACUGGCAAGCUCAAGGACAAGAUAGAUUAUCUAAUUGCUGAGGCACCAUCGCCUGAAGCUCCUUUACCGCCUCUUUCUGGCGAAGACGACGCGUCUAAUAGUGGGGCUAUUGAUGAGCUGGCCAUUGUUGUUCGGAAGAUGAAAGAAUCAGUUCCUGUCAAGGAUCGAUUCAGUAAAAUGCGCAGGUUCACUAGCUGUUUUCUUGGUUCAGAAGCUGUAAAUUUCAUAUCAGAGGACCAAUACCUGGAAAGGGAAGAGGCUAUUCAAUUUGGUAGAAAGCUCGCCAGCAAACUCUUCUUUUAUCAUGUUCUUGAUGAGAAUGAAUUUGAGGACGGUAAUCACUUGUAUCGAUUUCUGGACCACGACCCGAUUGUAUCAACACAGUGUUACAACAUUCCUAGAGGUAUUAUAGAUGUGAAGCCAAAGCCCAUAAUUGAAAUAGCAUCGCGAUUGAGAUUUCUAUCCUAUGCAAUCUUUGAUGCUUACACCUCAGAAGAUGGAAAGCAUGUGGACUAUAGAAGUAUUCAUGGAAGUGAGGAGUUUGCAAGGUAUUUGAGAACUGUAGAGGAACUCCAAAGGGUAGAAUUGCAGGGCAUGCCUAGGGAGGAGAAGCUUGCCUUUUUUAUUAACCUCUACAACAUGAUGGCAAUCCAUGCUAUACUGGUGUGGGGUCAUCCGGCUGGAGCACUGGAACGUAAGAAGUUAUUUGGAGAUUUCAAGUAUGUUGUUGGUGGAUGCACCUAUUCACUUUCUGCCAUCCAAAAUGGUAUUCUUCGGGGCAAUCAGCGACCGCCUUACAACCUCAUGAAACCGUUUGGUGCCAAAGAUAAACGAUCCAAGGUGGCUCUUCCAUAUCCAGAGCCUCUUAUUCACUUUGCACUUGUAUGUGGCACUCGGUCUGGACCAGCUCUUCAAUGCUAUUCACCUGGGAAUAUUGACAAAGAGUUGACGGAGGCAGCUUGCCUUUUCUUAAGAAGUGGGGGAUUUUAUUACGAUCCGAAUACCAAGGUUGCCUCUGUCAGCAAGAUCCUAAAGUGGUUCCGUGUAGAUUUCGGGAAAAACGAGGUGGAAGUGCUUAAGCAUGCAUCAAACUAUCUAGCCUCGCAGGACUCCGAGGCCCUGCUGGAGAUGCUUUCGAGCAAUCAAUUGAAGGUGACAUACCAGCCAUAUGACUGGGGAGCGAAUUGCUAAG